AUGGCUUCAGUAACCUCAUCCACCGUAGCAAUCCCAUCGUUCACCGGACUCAAAUCCACAAAUCCCACCAAGGCGGCAACAACAUCAUCAAAGCUCACCGUCAAGUCAUCACUCAAGGACUUAGGAGUUGCGGCCGUAGCGGCUGCAGCUUCCAUCGCUUUGGCUGGAAACGCUAUGGCGAUAGAUGUUCUCUUAGGAUCAGGAGAUGGAGCGUUAGCUUUCGUUCCCAACGAGUUUACAAUAGAGAAAGGAUAG